UGAAAACUUUUGACAACCGUUAUUGAUAUAUGAUAUUUCAAAUCAUUUCUAAGCAAUAGUUGCCUUGGAAAUCGGUUUUUAGCAUUAGCCACAGUUUUCUGUAUACUAGAUGCACAUAAAAAAUUCUGUGUCUAGUAUUGAUUUCAUUUUUAGACUGUCAAGAUAUAUAUUUCAAAAAUUUUUUGAAUAAGAAACUAAUUCAUUUUGUGGUGAAAACAUCGUCUAUAUUAACAUAUAUAUUUUUGUUCUAAAUUGUAUUGAGUUACAUUGAAAAUGGCAUUUCAAUCGUUAUUGGUUUUAGAGAAGCCUCUACAACAUUUGGCUUUGUCUGAUUGGAACAACCGUUUGAACACAUUGCGCAAUGUUGCUGACGCUCGUCGAGGUGACGCCUUUCGCAUACGUCACAGUUCCCGUAAUCUAAGAAAUGAAACGCGUAUCGAAGGUGACUGGACGAAUUAUGAAACUAACGAGGCUUUAGCCGAUCGUAUUUCUGAAUUAAACCGUUGGCGUGAUGCUAUAGCGAACACGUUUGAACGUAUUGAACGUGAAAUGAAAUUGUUAAGCGAAGAAAAAUGCUCAACUGAGCGUGAACUUGAAGCCAUGCAAAACCCUUUAUCGGUUAUAGGAGAAUGCCUAACCAUGAGAGAUUGCCGCUUGGGUGCUGAAAUGACCUACGAUGACGCUGAUACUGAAAUAAAGAAUGAACUUUCUGUUUUGGAAAACAACCAACGCUUGCUGGCCGAUCAAUGCCAGAAGGCUUGGGAAAAAUUGUGUCGUUUAGAGGAGGUUAAGUUCAAAUUAGGUUUGGAGAUAGGCAAUAAGGAAGAAGCAGAAGAUUUGGACAUGGCUCAAUUGGCUUUAGACAAAUUUGCGGCCAAUAUAACAUAUAAGCCGGACUCUACCAGAAUCCCUAAAAACUCUUGCUCAUAUCAAUCAUGGCUAGAACAUACGAAGAAUAUGAAGCAAUUAGCUGAAAAUGAAUUGGCUGAUACGUACGCCAUACGUGAGGCUUUGUUCGUGUGCCGCGAGAAGGCUCGGAAUAUGCUGACAUCGCAGCAAGAGAGAGCAGAGCAUAGUAUACGCAAGCGUAUAUUUGAAACCCAAAGAGCUCGUAAUGAGUUGGAAUGGCAACAGCUGAAGAUGAAAGAAGAGAUGGAGAAGGCUGUGUGUGAAAUUAAAACUUUAGAGCAGGCUUUGCGGGACAAAACUGACGGCUUAAAAUUGGCUGAGACUCGCUUGGAAAAUCGUGCCCAACGUUCUGGCAUGGAACUAUGCUUAGAUGAAGCCCAUGAUCAGCUUUGUCUAGAAGUACAUAAACUCCGCGACAUCAGGCGUCGUUUAAUAGAUAAAAUUGAUGAAGCUAAAACCAACUAUAAUCUGUUGGAAGAACAUGCUCAGAAGAUUGAUGUUGACCUCGAAAAUAAGCAGCAUUCUCUCAUGACCGACAUAAGGGCUUUAGAUUUGCGCCAACGCCUUAAAGGGGGGGAAUUUGGUGCUGCCAAACCAGCUGCACAAACUGAUCGCAACAUUGAAUUGACCAAAAUGGAAAAGGAAAUACCAAAAAAUUGAAAUUUCUGAUGACUUAAUUUUUUAUUUGUUUCCAUAAUAAACUUGAUAUGUUAUGCUUGUUUGCUUA